AUGCACACCGAUGGGAGGUACCGCCGCAAACAGUUUUCCAGUUGUGAUGCCUGUCGCAAGUCUCGCGUCGCAUGCGAUGCCCUGCGCCGGUCUGCCAGGGGUCUGGCCGCCUGCACCCGGUGUGCAAGCCGCGGUCGGCAUUGCAGUUUUGAUUGGAUGAGAAGAAUUCCCCGUGGCUCAGAAGACCCAUCGGAGCGUUGGAACGAAAUGUCAUCGCCCCCAUCAAUUCGCUCGGCUGGCCAACGAGCGGAUAGCCAUGACUUCGAUGAAACUUCUCUGGCAUCCAUGCGAAUGCCGAGUUUGGGCACGGAUGUAGCGGAUUGGCUGCAAACUAUGUACGAAGAUGGCUUCGAGGCUCGUGGGUGCUUAGAAGACAGUCCUAGGGAACAUCCUACUCUCUCGUUGGCUGUUAGCAUUUCCUCUCUCUGCCGGCAAUUCGAUCAAUUGAUGAUGGAUUUGGAGGCUCAAGGCUCACAUGGGCCGAUCAGCCAGCGUCUCACACAGGCAGAGAUUGAUAAAGAGCGGCAAAUUGACCACACUUUGAACCAAGCCAUAAAAACAUUUUCUGCUCGAUGGUUGCCUCUUACAUUCGACUCAUCUUCCCACAAAGAAGCACAGACCCAGCUAAUACAAAGCCUCUGGCGCGACUUGCGGAGGAAGCUACCAAAAGCUAUGAAUCGACCCUGCUAUCGGUCGAUGUUGAGUUUGUAUCUGUUUUCUAUGGUACCGGUACCUGUCGGUAUAUCAGAGGAAGAAGAGGAAAACGGCAUUCCAGCUCAGGUUUGCGUUCAGGCCGCCUUGCAGCAAGUUCAAUACCUCCGCGCUCGGCAAAGAAGCUUGGAGUUCAAUGGCUCCAAAGUCUCGCUUCUGUCCGACCAGGCAGCGGUGAUUUCUACUCCAGAUCGGAUGCGAACAGACUUCAUGACCAUGGAAAACAUGAUAUACUGGGCCGCCCUUACAUUCGAAACGUCAUCAUCUCUAACACUCAACACCAAAUCGCAGCUUUCAUCUGGACUCCUGGGAUGGGAGCUGGAAGCCUCUUGGAGGAUGGUCAAAACAUGUACCGACAUUUUUCACGACCAAUCGGAGAACUGGCGUUCCCAUGGAGUUAUGGUUACAGAAGAGACUGCAAAUCAAAUCAUCGCAGCUGCACAAGCAUUUAAACUCCGUCUGUGGAAGGUCGGAGCCAUUCUCAAGGAGGCUUUGCGGGAAGGUCAUGCGGAAAAGGCUGUGCAACAUGCAUAUACCUGUGCGGUUGACACGAUCAAUCAGUUCAACUUUACCUAUCGACCUCUGUUGGCAAUGUGUGAACGACGUCUUCAAUUUCUGGGUCAGCAUACGAAACUCCGCUGGUAUGAACUCAUGCUGCAUCAUAAUCUGUGCAUAUUAAUAAUUACCGACGCCAUUGAAAUUGCAAGACGCAUUGAUAUCCUGGAUCGCAUGACCAGUAUAAGGUCCGAAGCGGAGGGCAGUCUAAUGAACUGUCUGAAAUUUGGACUGAGCAAUCAAUUCACCAUAGCACAGCGACAUGGAGAAUCACAAGGUAGUAACCGCACAUUUCCUCUUAUCGCCAUUGACCCUUAUCCUCAUCACGUCGUGGCAGGAGUGCAGCUGCUGUGGAAAGGUAUUGAACGUGAUGUGGAUGGCGGCAAUCUCGAAGCAGGGAUCUGUGAGGGUCUUCAGUCCAUUCUGCUACAGACAUUGGAACUGCUGCCUCAAACCUCAAAGUCGAUUCGCAAGGCUACGGAGCAGGCCCGGUUGACUUUAAAUCCACAUGAGUAUGACCGCGUCGUGCUACUCUGA